CUUGCAGUGUCUGUGUGAGUGUGUGUGUGUGUGUGUGUGUGACUUCAUUAAUUAAGUAUGAGAGCAGCAGCAGAGGACGAGAGAGGUUUGCCUGCACCAGAGAGCAUGUGAGAGGACCGGAGAGACAGAGGACAGAUUAAUUACAGACGUGUCCCUCAGUGUCCACAGAGACGCACCAGAAAUAGACACAGAGGGGAAGAAGGGACGUUAUUAUACCGUCACCACGGGGACGAACCCCCAGCAUGCACCUGUGACUGUGUGAGGUCGAGGCGCCAUCUUGUGGAAGCUUCCCGCCCUGCAGCUCCAGUCAGGACUGACACGAAUCUGCGGACACCAACCGACAACUGAGCGAAGAGUUUUCCGACGAUGUUUCCGUGUGGUUCCGUGUCCUCCUGCUGUUUCCUGUCUGUUCGGUCGGAUCUGCUGAACAGAACCGAGUCUCAGGAGGACGUUUGGAGUUGAAGAUGUUCAGGUGCAUUGUGGGUGAUCUGCGUGCAGGAGGAAGACUCCUGAGAAGUCUUCCUCAGGUCUCUUCGGCACUGACCUCACAGAGCCAGCAGGUCCGACUUCUUCAUCGUCCUCGUCUCCCUCAGCUCACUCAGAGGUGUUUUGUGUCUCAGGGUGAGAACCCGUCUGUUCGAUCUGCUAAACUGAAGCUGAGGACUCGCCUGGUGGUCACGCUGCUGUUCGGCGGCGGUCUGCUCUCCGCCUGGUUGUACGUCUACUCGGAGAAGCAGCAGAAGUUGCGGCAGCAGCGUGUGGAGCAGCUGAAGCAGGUGGCUCUGGGUCAGGGCAACUUCAGCCUCCUGGACCACAGGGGGCAGCGCAGAACCAAGAAGGACUUCCUGGGCAGCUGGGUGCUGCUGUACUUUGGCUUCACGCACUGUCCCGACAUUUGUCCUGAGGAGCUGGACAAGCUGAGUGCCGUGGUGUCGGCUCUGGACCAGAACACCUUGCUGCCACCCGUCCAGCCCAUCUUCAUCACUGUGGACCCAGAGAGGGAUGACGUACCGGCGCUGGCCCGCUACGUCAAAGACUUCCACCCCCGUCUGAUUGGACUGACGGGGACAUCAGAGGAGGUGAAAGAGGCGGGGCGGGACUACAGAGUGUACGCCAGCCCCGGACCCAAAGACGAGGACGGGGACUACAUUGUGGAUCACACCAUCCUGAUCUACCUGAUCAGUCCUGACGGGCUGUUCCUGGAUUAUUACAACAGGAUGAAGAACCAGGAGCAGAUCACAGAGAGCAUCAGGAACCACAUCAACAACUACGUCAAACUGUGAAGUCAAAAUAUGUCCUGAAAUAUUGAAACUGUGAGCUGCAAGAGACAUUUCAAGGCAGUCACACCAUCAGAACCAGUCAUCAGCUGAUUCUGUCAGACUGAAGGUCCAAUGUGUCGGAUAGAGGAGCGUCUGUAAAUGACUGUGAUCUUCAGAAAGAUGUUUUCAUCAGAUGAACGUAUCUCUACAUGGAGCAGCUCCUCCUCCUCCUCCAGAGUCCGCCGGGUUUCUACAGGAGCCCAGAAUGGACAAACAACUGACUGAACGGAACACUUCUCCUGUAACCGUCUGGGUCAACUGCAGCACAGUUCUGCCCACUCCAAGUGUUUCAGUCUCUGAUAGCUGAGCCUCCUGUCACACAGGAAGACGAGUGAAAAUCUGCUGCCAAAUAAAAGUGUGUGUUUGUAUCAG